GCUGAACCUCCCGCUUGUUUCCCUGCUCUACUUUCCUGCGACCCGGAGGUCAUCGGUGGUCAGUACGUAUUUGAUGCCAUAAAUCCUGUAGGGACACUUGUCGCUCACUUGGACGAGCUGUUUUAUCUGAUUCUUCGCUUGAUCCACGUUUGCCAAGUCGUCUGUUAAUCCUGGUAACCGGUUACGGUUCCUUCUACCGCCAUGGAGAAAUAUCAGAAAAUCGAAAAGAUUGGAGAAGGGACCUAUGGUGUCGUCUACAAAGCUCGUGAGCUUGCUCAUCCCAACCGGAUCGUCGCUUUGAAGAAGGUCCGACUGGAGACCGACGAUGAAGGCGUUCCUAGCACAACUAUCCGUGAAAUAUCUCUAUUAAAAGAGUUAAACCAUCCUAAUAUCGUUAGGUUGUUCAACAUCCACUCAGAGGGCUAUAAACUCUACCUGGUCUUUGAACAUCUAGACUCCGAUCUCAAGAAAUACAUGGACGCUCUUCCUGUCAACGAUGGCGGACGUGGUAAAUCUCUCCCAAAUGGCCUUAGCAUGGAUUUGGGGCUAGGGGAAGCCAUGAUCAAAAAGUUCAUGUCUCAACUAGUCGAGGGCAUUUAUUUCUGCCACAGUCGUCGGAUUCUGCAUCGUGAUCUCAAGCCUCAAAAUCUUCUGAUCAAUCGGGACGGCAGUCUAAAAUUGGCCGAUUUUGGAUUGGCAAGAGCCUUUGGCGUUCCUUUGAGAACGUAUACACACGAGGUCGUCACACUAUGGUACCGUUCGCCGGAGAUCCUUCUAGGCGGCCCCCAAUAUUCAACCGCAGUAGACAUGUGGUCGUGCGGCGCUAUCUUUGCCGAGAUGUGCACCCGCAAGCCCUUGUUCCCUGGCGAUUCGGAGAUCGAUCAGAUCUUCAAGAUUUUCCGCCUCCUUGGUACCCCGGAUGAGGAUUCUUGGCCGGGAGUUACUUCUUUCCCAGAUUAUAAGUCAUCAUUUCCUAAGUGGAAGCGCGACAGGAAUAGUCCGCUUAUUCCUGGACUGGAGCGACAUGGAUUACGUCUUUUGGAUGCCCUUCUUGAAUUUGAUCCGGCAGUAAGGAUGUCUGCCAAGCAGGCACGCGAACACCCCUACUUCCGGCAUGGACGGUCAUAAAGAGUCGUUUGUAGGGGGUUUCUCUCUGGCAAAUGAUGUUCUGUAUGCGGGGCUACUUGCGAGGGACUGGAGUCAAGGCAUGCGCAUGUCGAUCUGAGAAAGUUUCCUUGCUUGAAUCGAUAUCUUUCUCUCUUGCAUAUGGGAGUCUGUAAGUAUCGAUGUAAUCAGCAAGGAAGU